GACCACGCCCCCGGCGCGCCGGCCCGCCCGGCCUCAGACCCAGCUCUCCCGCGUCCUCCUCGAGUUCCGGCUCCGCUCUGCAGACUUGCGAGUGUGUGGCAGCCCCGGCGGUGGACGCGGUUAGCCUCGGAGGCUUCACCUCGUGGCCGACAUCACCUGCUAGGUUGGCUGGGACCCGGGCCUUGCAGUCGCCUCGCCACCAGUGCUGAGGAUCAAACCCAAAUGUUGGGCAUGUUAGGCAAGCACUCCUGAUUAUUGUUCUUAUAACUUAACAGUUAAAAAGUAUGGAGCCUGAAACUGAAGGGCCGCCACCAACAAUCCCAGUGACUCCUCUUCAGCAAAUGAUUGCCUCCUGUACUGGAGCUGUACUGACAUCACUAAUGGUGACACCCCUGGAUGUUGUUAAAAUUCGACUCCAGGCCCAGAACAACCCAUUCCCCAAAGGAAAGUGUUUUUUAUACAGUAAUGGACUCAUGGAUCAUAUGUGUGUCUGUGAAGAGGAGAGCAAGAAAGUGUGGUAUAAGAAGCCAGGAAACUUCCGUGGGACAUUGGAUGCCUUUUUAAAAAUUCUUCGAAAUGAGGGCAUAAAAUCCCUGUGGAGCGGACUCCCUCCUACUCUAGUGAUGGCAAUUCCUGCCACCGUUAUUUAUUUUACCUGCUAUGAACAGUUAAGUGCUUUUCUGAAAUCCAAAUUAGGAGAAAAUGAAACGCGAAUACCAAUAGUUGCUGGGGUUGUCGCCAGAUUUGGUGCGGUAACAGUGAUAAGUCCAUUAGAACUGAUCAGAACUAAGGUGCAGUCUAAGAAGUUUUCUUACAAGGAAUUAUAUCAAUUUGUGAGCAUGAGAGUGUCUGAAGAUGGUUGGAUUUCCCUUUGGAAGGGCUGGGCUCCUACUAUUCUUAGAGAUGUGCCUUUCUCAGCAAUGUACUGGUAUAAUUAUGAAAAUUUAAAGAGGUGGCUUUGUGAGAAGUCUGGUUUAUAUGAACCAACAUUUAUGAUCAACUUUACUUCAGGGGCAUUGUCUGGUUCGUUUGCAGCUGUUGCAACUUUACCAUUUGAUGUAGUAAAAACACAGAAACAGACGCAACUGUGGACGGAUGAGUAUUGUAAAUUGCCUGCAUCUUUGGAUAUGUCAACCUGGACUAUAAUGAAGAACAUUGUUGCUGACAAAGGAUUUUCUGGGUUAUUUACAGGUCUAAUUCCUCGAUUAGUUAAAAUUGUUCCUGCUUGUGCCAUUAUGAUCAGUUCAUAUGAAUUAGGAAAGUCGUUCUUCCAGAAGCAAAAUGUUGCAAGUCGGUAAUUCCUAUGAUGGACAUUUGACUUGAAAUAACAACCAGAGCCAAAUAAGAUGAAAAUUUGUAGGCAAGAUGGUUUUUUUCAACAUUAUUAUCUUACAGUAUGAUUUUAUGUGUCUUCCCUAUAAUUUAAAUGAAUAAUAAUUUCUCAUCCACCUCUAGAUCAUAAUUUGAAUUAUUUAAUUUUUGAAAUAUUAAAAACAUAAUCCAGAAACUGCAGCCACUUAGUACUCUUGCUUAACAGGUCAAGUUUUCUGAGUGCAAAUAUCAUUACACGCUUCCUUUUAAAUUAAUGCUGUAAAUGUGGGGCACAUCAGAACUUUUUGGAUUGUGUACUAAGCACUGCAGUGUAGAGAACUAAGUGCAGUUCCACGCAAAUUCAAAUCAUAAGUCUCAGCAUUUCAGUAGAGAGUGGAAGAGCUAUCAUGUGGCAUUGUUCAUAUUCCUCAGAUGGUACCUGUUAACUUCUUUAAUUCAGGGGCAUUGUAUUCCCUCACUCCUGUUACUGAGUUAAGGUGGCCUGUAGUGUAGAAGUCCCUAAUGAAAAGUGUAGCCACUUUAUCUGUGUGGACCAAAGCAUAAUCAUUUAUGUGAUGCAAAUGUACAAGCAGGAAUGGGCUGCUGGUAACUAGCUUGCCUUCCAAGUGUCAUUGUUUGUAGAGCUCUUUAGGUCAGUUCUAUAACUUUUUCUACUACAAUCAAUAUUCCUAGUCUAAAAGACCAAAUUAUAAAAUGCUCCAAAAAUUUCAACUCUAUUUGAUGUCCCAAAAUGAUGCUGCUACAAUCCCACACCUUCACUCAGGUGACAGCAUACAGAACACAGGCACAUAGAAACAUUUAAAUUGACUUUAGGCUAUUCAUAUUAAUUGUAUAUGAAACACAUGAAUAUAUUUAUCACUUUAAGUAGGAAUGAGGUUUUUAAAAAAAUGACCCUUAUUUAUUUGUUGUAUAUGUCUAUAUAUACAUGAAGGUGAGAGGAAAACUUGAAGAGUUAGUUCUCCCGUUCCACCUUGAGGACUUUGGGAUUUGAACUCAGGUGGUCAGGCUUAGCAGCACGUGCCCUUUCCCACACUGAGCUCAGGAAUGAGAUUUUAAGUAUGAUGAGAAUGCAGGGGUAGAAAGCGGCGGCUUUGGAAUGUGUGACUCAGAGUCUGACCUCUGGCACAGAUGAUAAAUAAUUUAAUAAGUCACUAAGACGGCAAUGCAAGAAAUGCUAUUUUAUUAUUAUUUACUUAUCUCUAUAAAGCAAAAAGCACUUUAUCACGUUCUUAUGUGUAUUCUAUGAAAUAUGACGUAUACCCUCCCAGCCACAACAGCAGAAUGUAUUUUGGUGACAAUGAUCUCUAGGGUUGGUAGGUGAACAAAUGCAUUUUGUAUCAUAGUAGAAAGUGUUUGUAUGUUUCAUCAGAAAUAAAUGAUACAUGGUUUAUUGUACCAUGUUGUUUUACAUUACAAUCCUGUGUUGGCUUACAUUAAAAUUUAAUAUAUA